AAUUAACGGCAUAUACUUCUAUAUAAAUAAACAGAUAUAAAUUAAUAUGUAUUUUUAUAAAAACGAAGAAUCAAAGUGAAAAGAUGGCUCCAGCAAUGAGAAGUGAUCUGAAAUUCACACAGGUCGAUCUUGCGCGUUGAUUGUUUCUCACUUCCAAGUAUAAUGGCUGCACUCGAUUGAGACGCGGAUCCUUACCUUUCUCCCGUCGCAUACCAGGCACAAGCUGGUCCUGGACUUGUCCAAAAUUCUAGUGUUCGCAGCCGCCUCAAAUGACCGAACGGCUUUGUCGCCGGUAGCGUAGAUGUAGCAGCGAGAUACCAUUUUGUUGUGAUACUCGGUGAUGCUUCGGAUAUCGCGAAAAUCGCGUCAACGGAAAUUACCACCAAGGCCAAAGAAUAAAUACACGCGUAAAUACACGUGUAAAACGAAGAGAGCGAGAUAGAGAAAUUUCCAGUGAAUCCUGUAAGCGUUUUCUACGCGCGUGUCGAGACGAGAAGACGAUCGAAAAGUCGACUACCCGUCAUCGGGUGGAGAGGGCCAGUGAUGAAGGAUCGAUGAAGGAUCAUUGGCAUGGCCACACGACUCAGCCCCCGAAAUUCGGAGGUGAACGCUCUUGAGCAGCGAGGCUAUCUCAUAGGCAAGAAGAUUGGACAGGGCUCUUACGCGACUGUCCAUCUGGCAGAAUAUAUCGAUGGAACGAAUUCCAAGAAGAUGCGUCUGGCUUGUAAGAUCUUUGAUAAAGAAAAAGCGCCACACGACUUCUUGGACAAAUUCUUUCCUCGCGAACUUGAAAUUUUAACAAAGAUAGAAAAUCCGCAUAUCAUUCAAGUGCACAGCAUCUUGCAGCGCGGUCCGCGCGUCUUCAUCUUCAUGCGCUAUGCCGACAACGGCGAUCUCCUGGACUUCGUGAAGAGCAACGGCAUAGUGCCGGAGCAACAGUCGCGACUCUGGUUUCGUCAAAUGGCGUCCGGCUUGCACUAUCUGCAUAGCAAGAACAUUGCCCAUCGGGAUCUCAAGUGUGAGAACAUUCUACUCUCGCGGAAGUUCAAUGUGAAAUUGGCGGACUUCGGUUUUGCCAGGUUUUGCGUGGACCACGAGGGCAGGCGGGUCCUCAGCCAGACAUACUGCGGCUCGGCGGCUUAUGCCGCGCCGGAAGUCGUCGCCGGCACCCCGUACAAUCCGAAAUUGGCGGACGUGUGGUCGCUCGGCAUCAUCCUUUUCAUCAUGCUGAACGCGACCAUGCCGUUCGACGACGCAAAUCUACGUAAACUCCUCAAGAAUCAGAUGUCGCGCAACUGGGUAUUCAGAUCCCGCGUUCGCGACACCGUGUCCGCGUUGGCGAAGAAUAUCGUCCGGCAGAUCCUCGAGCCGGACAUUACUCUCAGGCUCACUCUUGAAAGGGUGCUGGGCCACGAAUGGGUGAGAGCGAAAAAGGAUAGAACAGGCUCCCUUACCGGAAGGCUCGUCCACUCAGCGCCGCCGAGUCAUACUCCGGUGGGUGGAGGCGGUAAUCUGGGGUCGGGAAAUGGAAACGUACCUGUCGUUGCGAGAGCACUACCUACGUUAAGAAAUUCAGAAAAUCAGAAUCAACUGUUGUCGAAGACUGUAACUACUUCGGGGAAAGAUCCACAAUUAUCUAUCACUGUGGGAUAAGAAGACGCGGAAAAUUAAUCAGCAUGUCGACAAGCUAUACAAUUGAAAAUACAAAGAGAUAUAUGCUAUACAUUUGUUGACUAUCAAGUUAACUAUAAUUUUUUAAGACAUUUACACUUGUCUUUACUAAUUUUUUUGUAUUUCCUAUUAUACAAUCAAUGCAAACUUAUAUGGAUAUUGAUAACAUAUUGUUGUUUAAUAAAGAUGUCCAUAAUAUUG